AUGGCAACAGUGUGGUUCUCACUGAAGAAAUCUCUGCACUGCAAAUCAGAGCCAGCAGAUGUGCACGACCCAAAAUCCAGGAAGCAAUUGAGCACAAUCUUGACCAGAAAAGCUGGUGGUGGGAGGUCCGGGUGUUCAAGGUCAAUAGCCAAUCUGAAAGAUGUCAUCCAUGGAAGCAAGAGGCACAUGGAGAAGCCACCGAGCUGCAGCCCGAGAUCCAUAGGCAGCAGUGAGUUCCUCAACCCAGUAACCCACGAAGUGAUUCUGAGCAACUCGAGGUGUGAGCUCAAAAUCACUGGCUUUGGUGGUGGCGGUGGGUUCCAAGAAGGGUCUGGUGGUGGUAAUUUGAGAUGCAAUUGA